UUGGGCGGCGCUGUCAGUCUUCGCUGAGAGCUCUUCGCGAGAGGCAGGAACGUAUCGCAAGUUGGAAAUAUAAGUUUCGAGAGGCUACAGAAAUUGUUUUUACUUGUUUUUACGGACGACACGCGGAUUUGCCGAGAAAAGUGUCUAUUUGUGGAUGAUAAAUGAAAUUAAUUUUUGCCUCUUGUUGCCGCUAAAACUUGAAGAGAAUCGCAGUCUCAGUUGCACAAGUGUUUGUUUGCAAUCGCACUUUCCGUUUUCUCCCGCUCUCCGUGUUUACGUCGCCGUUGUCAGUGUGUACGUGUGGACGUGUACGUGUAGAAGUGUGGUGUUUUUGUGAGUUUAUGUUUUUAUUUUGCUUUUGCUUUUGCGAGGAAAUUCAACCAAAAAGAGAUGAAAAAUAAAUAAAUAAAAAGAAGCAAUAACAAGAAGAAGAAGCAGGUGAAAAUCACGGCGACAAAUGCAAGUGAGAUUGUUACUAUCCACCCAAAGUCAUCCCAGCAUCUGAAAAUCCGAGAAUUCCAGCCAGCAGCCAUCCAGUCUGAGGUCGGUCUGAAGUCCCAAGUCUGAAGUCUGAAGGAUCCGUCUCCCCGUCAAAUAUCUACAUCCUUGAGGACGUUAUAAUAUUUGCAUCACAGUAGCGUGUUGAGCCUGAAUUCCGAGCAACGCACGCCUAUAAAAAUUGUAAAAAUACUUACGCACAAUGAAAAACGACGUCGUACGAUGGAGCGGGGAGCCAACUAGCAACACCACCAGCACUAGCACAAGUAGCAGCUUCAACUGCCACAGCAUCCACAACAGAGGCUGCCACAAACACAGAAGCAAAAGCAACAAACUAAAUGCUCGCCAAUUAGCCGCGCAAGAACAACAGCAAACAAUCAUUGAAUGUGAUAUAAGGAACUUCAAUUUAAACUGCAAUUUAUUCAAAACUAGUUAUUUAGCGCAAUGUGAGCCAAGUGGCAGCACCAGCAGCAGAAACCGAAAGAAGGCCAACAGCAGACACUUGGCCAAAACGAAAGCCUGCCUGCUGUCAAUUCUGCAAAUUAGUGCCGUAGUUUUUUUAUGUAAUUUUAAUGUCGGUUUCGUGGCCGGAAGCGUGGCAUCAUCGGCAGCACCGCCACCAGCUCCCCCAUCCCCGCCCGCAUCCUCGUCCCUUAAGUUGGACCAGUCGCCGGUCCUGCCGCCCUACGUCCUCGACUAUGAGACGGACGGCCGGGCCAAGCUAACGCCCAGCAAGAGCAACGGCAAUGGAAAGUACGGCGGUUCCGGGUCCGGGGGACAGAACCAAAUAGCCGGACACUAUACGCACACCUGGGCGGUUCACAUACCCGACGGAGAUGACGGCAAGGCCGAUGCCGUGGCCAAGGACCAUGGUUUCGUCAAUUUGGGCAAGAUCUUCGAUGACCACUACCACUUCGCACAUCACAAGGUCUCGAAGCGGUCCCUCUCCCCCGCCACUCACCACCAGACCCGCCUGGACGAGGACGAUCGCGUCCACUGGGCGAAGCAGCAGCGAGCCAAGUCCCGCUCCAAACGGGACUACAUUCGGAUGCGACCCUCCAGGACCUCCUCGCGUGCCAUGUCAAUGGUGGAUGCCAUGUCCUUCGACGAUGCCAAGUGGCCCCAAAUGUGGUAUCUGAAUCGCGGUGGUGGCCUGGACAUGAAUGUGAUACCAGCCUGGAAACAAGGCAUCACCGGCAAGGGGGUAGUGGUAACCAUCCUGGACGAUGGCCUGGAAUCCGACCAUCCGGACAUUGAGCAAAACUAUGAUCGAAAGGCUUCCUAUGAUGUGAACAGCCACGACGAUGAUCCCAUGCCGCACUACGACAUGACGGACUCGAACCGCCAUGGAACCCGCUGCGCCGGCGAGGUGGCUGCCACCGCGAACAACUCCUUCUGUGCCGUGGGCAUCGCCUAUGGAGCCAGUGUCGGGGGAGUGCGUAUGCUGGACGGAGAUGUGACUGACGCCGUGGAGGCACGAUCGCUGUCCUUGAACCCCCAGCAUAUCGACAUCUACAGCGCCUCCUGGGGACCCGACGAUGACGGAAAAACCGUGGACGGACCCGGAGAACUGGCCUCGCGGGCCUUCAUCGAGGGCACCACCAAGGGCCGAGGCGGCAAGGGCAGCAUCUUCAUCUGGGCCUCGGGCAACGGAGGUCGGGAGCAGGACAAUUGCAACUGCGACGGCUACACGAACUCCAUAUGGACCCUAUCCAUUUCCAGCGCCACCGAGGAGGGCCACGUGCCGUGGUACUCGGAGAAGUGCAGCUCCACGCUGGCCACCACCUACAGCAGCGGCGGGCAGGGUGAGAAGCAGGUGGUCACCACGGACCUGCACCACUCGUGCACGGUCUCCCACACGGGCACCUCGGCGUCGGCCCCGCUCGCCGCCGGCAUCGCCGCCCUGGUGCUGCAGUCCAACCAGAACCUCACCUGGCGUGACCUGCAGCACAUUGUGGUGCGCACCGCCAAGCCGGCGAACCUCAAGGACCCCAGUUGGUCGCGCAAUGGGGUGGGCCGGCGGGUGAGCCACUCCUUCGGUUACGGCCUGAUGGACGCCGCCGAGAUGGUGCGCGUGGCCCGCUCCUGGAAAAUGGUUCCGGAGCAACAGCGCUGUGAGAUCAAUGCCCCCCAUGCGGACAAGGUCAUACCGCCGCACACACACAUCACCCUGCAGCUGACUGUCGAACACUGCCUGUCGGUCAAUUACCUGGAGCACGUCCAGGCCAAGAUCACCCUCACUUCCCAGAGACGCGGUGAUAUCCAGCUAUAUCUCAGGUCUCCAGCCAACACCAGUGUGACACUGCUCACGUCCAGACUUCACGAUAAUUCGCGGUCCGGAUUCAACCAGUGGCCCUUCAUGUCAGUCCACACUUGGGGCGAGUCGCCACGAGGCAAGUGGCAGCUGGAGAUCCACAACGAAGGGCGUUACAUGGGCCAUGCUCUGCUCAGGGAAUGGUCGCUGAUCUUCUACGGCACCACGAACGCCAUCGACCCUAACGACCCAAUCUCGGUGCCAAAGCCGAUCGGCCCGGAGGCGGCCACGACCCCGAACUCUAGCAGCACCACCAGUAACCUGCACCAGGCCUACUCGCCACAGUACCCCCGCAUACCUCCCAACAAUUUUGGCAACUCGCCGCCGAUGGGCAAGGUGCCUCCCCAGCCGAACAAGUCCAGCUACGUGACCAACAAUCCCCUGCUAAACCCGGGACCACCCAAACAGGGCUACCAGCAGAUAUCGGCCACCUACGGCGUCAUCUUGGCCAAACCUAGUGCCAAUGCCAAUGGCAAUGCCAAGGGCGGGAAUAUUGGCAGCAAGGAGAAGAACCCCAAUAAGGGCAACAAGGGCGGCAACAACAACAAGGGGAAGUCUGGGAACCGCAAGGAGCAAGCCAGCCAAAGCACCACCACCACCCAGACCACUACCAGCAAGAACAAGUACUACAGGAUCUCCCAGCAACAGCAGCAGAACCGGAACAACAAACAGGAUCGAAAUAAUGUCCAGUCUUCGAAGCCGAAGAACAGUUCUGGAGAGAAGACCGUUGAGGAGAAACCGCGCAAGGUGGUGGGAGAGAUAGGAGGUGGCAGCAGCGGGGGAGGAGCCAAUGGAUCUACUAAGGCUGCCAAGCAGGUGAAGGAGGGCAACACCUCGUCAUCGGACUCCCGCAUACCCAAGCUCUUUGAGCGCUACGAGAAGAUUCAGGCCAUUUUCCCGGAACUGGAACCCUUUGAGAGUACCCUGCCGAAGGGCAAGGCCGGCAAACAGGCCAAGCAGGGCAAGCAGUUCGAGGUGGAACUCUUCCGCCCCACCACGGGCGGCAACAGUCGUCAGGGAAACACGAAAAAGUCGCCUUCGGUGCCACCGCCCUCGCAAACGAUGGCCAGCCUACCGAUUCUGCCCGCCAUGCCGGCGGGAGGAAGCAGCUUCCUGCCCGACCAGAAGAUCCUCAAGAAACAGCAGCUCCUAAUGGCAGCCGCCGGGGUUAUGGGCCCGGCCGCCCAGGUGGAGGUGCAAAUGGAGGACGUGGAGGUGGAGGCCACGCCCGAACGUGAGGAGCCGCGGGGUCAGCGGAAAGACGGCCCAGGACCAAAUGCUCAAAUCACACAAUGGGGCCUGAUAUUCUACGGAACGGAAACGCCCGCCCAGCCGGAGGACCAGGAGCAUCCCCGCAAGGCCAACCAGUUCAAUCUGUACGGCAACGAAGUGGCCCGCAAUGAUAUCGAGUACGAUUCCACCGGCCAGUGGCGGAAUAUGCAGCAGGUGGGCGAUGUGGGCAACACCGCCGCGUGCCUUAAGUGGAGCGAUCGAAAGUGCUUAGAGUGCAAGGACUCCGCCUACAUGUUCGAGGACCUCUGCUACGACGUCUGCCCCCUACACACCUACCCCUUGGACAAGCUGGCUGCCGACGCGUUGAUCCAAGAGCAAGAAGAGAAGGAACAGGAGGAGCAUGCGACGACAGACGCUCCGCCCACAGAUCAUCCUUCGUCCGUUUCCAACUCCCUUGACGGGGACAAGCUGGAUCCUCUGCAGGCGGAGGAUCGCCGUCGGCGUAGUGCCCUCCUCAUCCCGCUGGUGGAGGCACCCCCGCGAAUCUGCGUCAUCUGCGACCGAAGCUGUCUGGCCUGCUACGGACCCAUGGCCUCCCAGUGCAGCACCUGCGCCGCCGGCAGCCAGCUCCGGAAGAUCCAGAACGAGACCUUUUGCUACGCGUACGUGGUGAGAAGCACCGGAAUGGCCACCGUGGUGGAGGUUUCCGAAGUGUCCGACGAACCGCAGGCCCUGAACUACAUGACCGGCUCCACAGUGCUCCUGCUGCUGGUGGUGGUCUUCACCCUGGUCGGUGUGGUGAUCGCUGGCGGAGUCGUCUACCACCGCCGCAGCACUGCCCGCUCCAACGAGCUCUACUCCCGCGUAGCUCUGAUGGGCGACGACGGCAGCGGCUCGGACAGCGACGACGAACUGUACCGAGCCCACUUCACGAAGGUGGUCACCGAUAAGGCCACGUUGGAGGAGGAGAGCAGUCACUUGGUGCCUUAGCUAAUCUACAAUUUGCCUAAUGAUUAAUUAGUAAGUACAAGUGCAUUUAACCUAGCCACACCGAAGAUCAUGACACGGAAACUAUCUAGUGGGAACUCUCAUGUUACGUUUGAUGAAAAGCCAAACUAGACUAAAAGUAUUAGGAGUAGCGAGGAGCGAGAAUCAAAACAUUUUAACUU